CAUCCUGCCGGCGAUGCCCGACUCACGCACCACGGAAGCGAUUCCUAGCCAAGCAGAGGAGUCGUAGUAGUCCCUCAGAGACAAAGAAUAGAAUAAAUACAACUUUAUUAUUCCGGCUGACGACAUACUGCACAUUCAGGUCAGCAGAAGCUAACUAUAAAUAACCUUGAGGAUUCCCAGCAACAAGAACUGCGACACUCACUCCCAUCCAGCCAUCUAUUACCUACUACUACAACAACCAUAUCCAACACACUACAGCAAAAUGAGCGCAAACCGCGGUGCCAAAAUCGUCCUUAACUGGCUCGAGCGCUCCCGCGCCCAACGCAUCGCCUGGCUAAUGGAGGAGCUACACCUCGACUACUCCAUCCAGCCCUUCAAGCGCAACCCAACAGGCACUGCACCAGCAGAACUGAAGAAAAUCCACCCACUGGGAAAGUCACCCACCAUUUCCAUCCAGCCGCCCUCUCCCACCUCCAAACCGAUUAUCCUGGCCGAGACGACCCCAAUCAUGAGUUACCUAGUCGAGCAUUUCGCCGACGAAGCCACCGGCGCCAAACUCAUUCCCAGGAAAUACGAGCCCGGAAUGGAGCGAGAGCUAGGCGGUGAAACAGAGGCAUGGAUGCGGUAUCAAUAUUACAACAGUUAUGUGGAGGGGAGUUUGAUGAGUGUUUUGCAGGUAAAGUUGGUUUUUGAUGCGUUGCAAAAUGCUCCCAUCCCAUUCUUCCUCAAGCCCAUCAUAAAUUUCAUCGCAUCGAAAGUCAACUCCGAGUUCCUGGACCAGGAGUUCAAGACUCAUUAUGGGUUCCUGGAAGAACAGCUUGCCACGGCUCCUGACGGGGGACCGUAUAUUUGUGGGAAAGAUCUCAGUCUUGCAGACAUUCAGUUGAGCUUGCCGGUGUUUAUGGGGUUAAUGUUGGGGGUUAUAUCGAAGAAUGAAUAUCCGCUCUUACAUGGGUAUGCGGAGAGAUUGAAGCGGGAGCAGGGGUAUAGGAGGGUGGUGGAGAGAGCAGCAGAGGUUGGGGAGGGGGCUAUGUUGGAGUAAAUCGAGAGAUCAUGGUGUUUAGGGCUUGGGGGUUUUAUGUUUCUUUAUAAAAAUGGUGUUGCGGGGUUCUAUCUAGGCGGGUUUGGAUGGAUUGAACUAUGUCAAUUGAUAUCUCUUCUCAACUUGUUAGCAGUUUAUACUUUGGAUAUCUAAAUAGUUUCAAUGGCAAAUGUCUGUCGAUUGUA